AUGGCCGAUCAGGUACCGUCCACCUUGGUCCCACUGGCCGUGUCCUCGCUCAGGGCCGAGCAGGGGGGACCUAUGGAGCGCUCUUUGAGCCAGGACAUCCGUGACGAGCGUGAGGAGCUACGCGAAGCCGCCGAGUCGACCCUGAACGCGAUUGUGGAUCUCAAUCUCGAUGGCACCAUCCGCUGGGCCAGCCCGUCCUGGUCCGACGUUAUAGGUACCCGCCUCGAGGAUGUCGAGGGCCUCCCCAUGUCCGACCUCGUCGUCAGCGAUUGCAAGACCAUCUUCGCCGACGUCGUCGACUCCAUGAAGAGGGACGACUCCAGGAGCCACAGGGUCCGAUUCGCCGUCCAGCUCGGCCCUCUGUCCAAGCUCCGCUCCUCCGACAUCGAGAACGCGGAUGUGCAGGAGCUGGAGUCUCAGUCCGAGCCUGAACCUCAGGUUGCCGACCUCGAGGCCCAAGGCAUCAUGGUGUACGACAGUGCCUCGGGAGGCGAGAGCCAUACGAUGUGGAUGAUUCGCCCCUGGACGGCACCGAACGAGAUCCAGAUCGACCUCCCCAACGUCAUCGUCGACUCCCUUGGCUCCGGCGCCGAAGUCCUCGCCAGCUUUCUCAACCAGCUCACCGAGAAUGGCGGCAGAGGUAACGACGACGGCGAAGACAACGUCUGCCCACCCCCGCCCGUCCUCUGCCGCAUCUGCGAGCGCCAGAUCCAGCCCUGGUGGUUCGAGAAGCACACCGACCUCUGUCUCCAGGAACACCGCGCCGAGAUGGACGUGCAGAUGGCCCAGGAGAACCUGUCGGAGCACCGCCACGCCAUCGUCAAGGUCCUCGACGCCCUGGAAGCCCGCCAGAGCCGCCCCUUGUCCGGCGAGCAGCCGCAGGUGCCUCCCGUGGCCGAGUACAAGGGCAUGCCCAUCGGCCCGCCACCGUCGACCCAGUCUUCGCCGGGAACCUCGAUGGCCCGAUCGAGGGACCGCUCCGGUGGCUUUGGGCACGGCAGGACACGCUCCUUCGCCGUGCGCCGUCCACAGGCCCGGAUCGUCGAACUCCUCAUGGACCUCUGCGACACGUCGAUGGAGAUCAGCACCCCGUCGCUCAAGGACAGCAACACCCAGCUGGAAGACGGCGACCUCCGCACCCAGUCGCCCCAGUCCGAGUCGCGCAUCUCCCAGGUCCUCCAGUGGCAGUCGCCGAGCACCAACACGUUGGACCAGGAGCAGGGGCUGGUCCAGCUCUGUGCCGAUACGGAGAAGGUCGCCAGAGCCAAGGUGGAUGCCGUGUUCAGGCACCGCAAGAUCAUCGAGUACGCCGAGCGGAUCCGUAUCGAGCUCGCCGUCAUGGUGCAGGACUGCAUCGACGAGGCCAUGCGCGAGGCGGCCCGCAUCGCCGCUGGCCGAUAUAGCGACUCCAGCGACGGCGAGAUGCAGGGUCCGGACGAAACCGACGAGGGGAUCCUGAGCGGCGGUGAGCGGGUCCCGGAAUCUGUUGACGACACGCACAGCCAGGCUGGCCGCGCGGAAGAGGCCGAAGAGCUCCGCGGCCGGAAGGGUGACGGGGCCCCCGAAAAGUCUAGCGACAACCCGUCUGCUCUGGCCACGGCCCUCCGACAGGCCGAUCUCUCCUCCUCCGGCUCCCGCGGCCCGUCGCGUGGACCGCGGCCGAGGUCGUACGUGGCGUCUACGCGCUCGAGCAGCCCCAAGGAGUGCCCCACGCCCCGAUUCACCACCGGCAGCUCCAACACCGGCACCAACCCUCGAGACGUAGCGAGGGAGGGCAGCGCCCUCUCCGAGAGCGAGACUGUCGAGAGCGAAGGGAGCCUGCCGUCCUCGUCGUUUGCUUCGAGGGCGCCGGCACCGGCCGCCCCCAGGACAGAGUCGCCCAUAUCCGAUUUCGGUGGCCUCAGACGGGCGGCAAGCUCCAGGAAGCACCACAGACGCAGCCUGGUGCUCCCGGGAACCUCGUCACCACGCCGCCAGGAGUCGCCCUCGCGGCCCGGAGCCCCGCCGUCGCCGCUGCGGGUCAAGCCGCGAGGCGUGCCCGGCUCCCAGGAAGGAUUGACGAUUGCGUCCCCCGAGGGCUCGCCCAUGCUGCCGGGAAGCGAAUUCAGCUCUCCCGUCAACCACGCUUCUCGGCACCACCGCAGGCAGUCGUCGGCCGCCAUCUCGGACUUCGUCAUGAAGCCUCCGCCCUCGCCGCGGCUCAACGCCAACCAGGCGCCGCCGCAGCCCCGGCCGACGCAGCCGUCGAUCAAGGACUUUGAGAUCAUCAAGCCCAUCAGCAAGGGUGCCUUUGGCAGCGUCUACCUGUCCAAGAAGAAGUCUACGGGCGAGUACUUCGCCAUCAAGGUGCUCAAGAAGGCCGACAUGGUGGCCAAGAACCAGGUCGGCAACGUCAAGGCCGAGCGGGCCAUCCUCAUGUGGCAGGGCCAGAGCGAGUUCGUCGCCAAGCUGUACUGGACCUUCUCCAGCAAGGACUACCUGUACCUGGUCAUGGAGUACCUCAACGGCGGCGACUGCGCGUCCCUCAUCAAGGUCCUGGGCGGCCUCCCCGAGGACUGGGUCAAGAAGUACAUCGCCGAGGUCAUCCUCGGCGUCGAACACCUGCACAGCAGGGGCAUCAUCCACCGCGACCUCAAGCCGGACAACCUGCUCAUCGACCAGAAGGGCCACCUGAAGCUGACCGACUUCGGACUCUCCCGCAUGGGCCUCGUCGGCCGCCAGAAGCGCGCCCUCAACAGCAGCACCGCCGACACGACGCCGGACCUGCUCAAGCAGGGGCCCUUUGCGCGCUCGGCCUCGAUGGCCUCGUCGAGGUCCACGUCCCUGGAUCUCCACGGCCACGGCGGCGUCCAGUCGCCGGGAAACACGCCCCUGAUGGUGCCGGAGCCGGCCGGUCCGGGCCAGCCAUCCUACUUCAGUCUCGGCGCGCCGCACGGCGAGCAUCGCCGGGUAUCCAGCAGCCACCGCAGCGACAGCGGGGGCAGCGAGACCCUGGCGCACAUGUUCUCGACCUUUACGCUGAGCGACUCGGAGCCCGGGUCCGGAUCGGUCUCGGCCAGGAUCCUAGGCGAGGAGGACGGCUUCAUCUCCGGCUCGCCGGAGCUGACGUCGCUGCAUCCGCUGCACACCACGGGCGCCCACUCCAGCGUCGAUGCCCAGGCCCGCGGCAGCUUCCACCAGCCGAGCGGCAUGAUGCCGCCGGCCAUGGCCCUAUUCGACCCCGAGGACACGAACAGGCGAUUCGUCGGCACGCCCGACUACCUGGCGCCCGAGACGAUCAACGGCGACAAGCAGGACGAGACGAGCGACUGGUGGUCGGUGGGGUGCAUCCUCUUCGAGUUCCUCUACGGCGUCCCGCCCUUCUACGCCGACGAGGCGGAGGCCGUCUUCGAGAACAUACUGGCCCGCAAGAUCCAGUGGCCGCCCGAGGACCCGGACGCGCCCAUCUCCGACGAGGCCAAGGACCUGGUCAACAGGCUCCUGUGGCCGGACCCGCCGGCGCGUCUCGGAUCCAACCGCGAGGAGAGGUUCUCGUCCGGCGGCGAGGAGAUCCGCAGCCACGCCUUCUUCGAGGGGCUCGACUGGGACACGCUGCUCGAGGCCGAGGCCCAAUUCGUGCCGCAGCUGGAGGACCCGGAGGACACCGAGUACUUCGACCCCCGAGGCGCCGUCCUGCAGCCGUUCACCGAGGACAUGGAGGACGCAUCGUCCCCGCAGUCGUCGGCGGGGGGCGCGGAGUACCAGGAGAGGCCGCACGACGCCCUCGGGCGCGCGCGGUCCCAGGUCAACUCGAUGCACCGCAAGCUGAUGCCACUGCACAUACCGCCGCACGUGCGCGACUCCAAGUCUAGGAGGCUGAGCGAGCCCCUGGCCAACGACGACUUUGGAACGUUCGCCUUCAAGAACCUCUCGGUCCUGGAGAAGGCCAACAAGGAGCAGAUCCAGAAGCUCAAGGCCGAGGCGCUCGCGGCGCAGAGCAAGGGCUCGUCGGGCAGCGCGGGCGGCCAGGCCACGAGCAACUCGCAGUCGGGUGGGUCGCUCGACGGCAGCCCCGUACUGGCCAAUCCGGUGCAGCGGACGCUGUCGAACGCCAAGGCGAGCCACCGGCCGCAGUCGCCCUCGGGCUACAGCCACGCCAACUCGUCGCCCAGCCGGGCGUCGCAGCCGUCGUCGCCGCUCAUGGUGUCGUUCGUGGCGGGCCAGGGGACCGAGGGCCGCCGCAAGGCGUCGAGCAACUCGUCCAACCUGUCGCACCAGUCGGGUCCGCCGUCGCUCCAGCCGCCGUCCGGGUCGGGCGUGGAGAUAGCCAAGGUGCCGGCGAGCCUGCAGAAGGCGGUCACGUCGGCUGCGGUGUCGCCGGCCAAGGGACGGACAGGCGCGCCGCCACCACCGCUGUCGAUAUCGCCGCAGAAGACGGCGGCGGGGCCGGGGCCGGGGCCGGCGGUGGCGACGCCCAAGCAGAGCAGCGCCCCUUCGUCCACCAGCCGGUCCCGAUCGCUGACGGUGGGGUCCCAGGAGGGCAGCCCGGUGGCGGCGGACGCACUGUACCGGCACCGCAGCCGCAAGAGCCAGGUGUUCGACAUGUCGCCGUCGUCGUCGGACAACGAGGGCGACAAGCACAACGCGCUCCUGCGCGUGCAGAGGCGGCGGCAGAGCUCCCGACGGCUGUCUCAGGCAGCCUUCGAGGGCGGCGGCGGGCCCGCGUUCCGGCCGCUGGACGUGCUCAUCUGCGAGGACCACCCGGUGGCGCGGAUGGUGAUGGAGAAGCUGCUGGAGAAGCUGCGGUGCCGUACCAUCUCGGUGCCGACGGGCUCCGAGGCGGUGCGGUACUCGAUGAGCGUCAUCAAGUUUGACGCCAUCUUCCUCGAGUACAAGCUGCCGCAGAUCAACGGGGCCGACGUGGCGCGCAUGAUCCGCGAGACCAAGAAUGCCAACUCCCACACGCCCAUCGUGGCCAUCACGGCGUACCUCAAGGAGCUCCAGGCGCCGCACUACUUCGACUCGCUCAUCGAGAAGCCCAUCAGCUCGUCCAAGCUGACGGAGGUGCUGCGCGGGCUGUGCCACUGGAUGCCGGAGUCGCCGGCGCAGAGGUCGCCCUCGGCCUCGAUGGUGCUCCCGCCGCCCCAGCAUCAGAAGCAGCAGCGGCGGGCGGGAUCGGGUACCAACAAGAUACUGUCCGGCGCCGCAGGAGGAGGAGGAGGAGGAGGGGGGGGGGGGGGGGCGGGAGGUCGGAUGACGGUUACGGAUGAUAGUCCGACGUCGAUGUCGUCGACAUUUGCCGGCAGACUGGGGUCUAGCCGAGAGGACUCCGUCACGUCGAGCACGUUUGGCGACUCGGAGUCGGCCACCACGACGGAGGACAUGCCACCGCCGGCCAAGAGCAGUGUGGGCGAGGAGGAACAGCAGCAGCAGCAGCAGCCACCGUCCACGUCGUCGGAUGACGGCAUGGCCGGACUGGGCAUCUCUGAGAGCAAGGCCCCGUCCGGCUCCGGGAUAAGGAGGGUGGUACCUCAGCUCACGGUGCAGCAGUCGGCGCCGGCGCAGCUCGAACGUCCGACGACGAGCGGCAGCAACGGCAGCGGCAGCGGCAGCGGCAAGCGCGAUGAAGCGACGGAGAGGCAGCUGACGGUACCACCACCACCGCCAGCAGCGGUGGCGGUGGCGGUGGCGGCGGCGGCGGUGUCGGAGAGCACAGAGUCGGCGGAUGACGAGGACGAGGAGCUGGGACUCACCCCGUCAUCGUCGUCGUCGUCGUCGUCGUCGACGGCCGCACGCACGAAGCAGCCGCGGCGCAGCACGGGACCGAAGCUGGGCAAGCCCGCGCUGCCGAGCUCGAAGCUGGGCAUCGAGAUGAUGCGGGCCAACAGCCACGACAGCACGGUGGGGCCGGAGAGCACGACGACGACGCCCGAGGUCAUGACGCAGGUUGCCACGACGCCGGAUAACGAGGCCGAGACACGGCAGUCGAAUCUGGGUGCCGCGUCUGCGCCUGCUUCCGCGUCCGUCUCGGUCACGCCACCGUCUACAGACGUGCAGGGCGGCAGCGAGGGACCGAUCUUGGACGUGGAUGCCACACCUCGUCCGGGGCGGGGGGGAGAAUAUUCAUGA